AUGCAUGAAAUUGACACUAUUUUGAGCACUUUACGUCUGGAAGCUGACCCUUCCCUAUCUCCAUUGUUUCUACAAUUCGAAGAACUAUAUGAAAGAAAAUUAUGGCAUCAAUUGACACAAUCGUUGAUCCUCUUCUUUCAAGAUCCAAAAUCUGUCCCAUUGAGACUAAGAGUAUACGACACCUUCGUCACCAAGUUCCUAGACAAGAUCAACCAGCUCGACGUCGUCGAAUUCCUCUUGUUGUCUUUGAAAAACCAUAACGACUAUUCAGAAUCACUACACUAUUUGAAAGAUUUAGAGAAAUCCUUCGAUUCAAUAGAUUCAAAGAAAAAGAGAAAUGACGGCCUUAAAAACCAUAACGACAGUUUACUACUAAUCAAAAUCGAAAUCGCAAGAAUUUACCUAUACCAAAACGACUUGGUACAAAGUAGAGACAUUUUGGACGAUUUGGAGAAUACUUUGGAUUCAAAAGAUACUGUCCCACUAAGAGUCACCAGCGCAUUCUACAACGUCAAUUCAGAAUAUUAUAGAAUUAAAAAAGAUUUCAACUCUUUCUACUAUACAAGCUUAUUAUACUUGUCCACUCUGGAUUUAACCAAUGACGAUGUAAUCAUGGUAUACAAAGAUGAUUUUAAAGAAUUAGCCUACAAUUUAAGUAUAGCAGCAUUAUUAGGUGAUAAAAUUUACAACUUUGGUGAAUUAUUGAACCAUCAAAUUACCACGUUCAUUUCAGGUAAUUCAGAAUACCAAUGGUUGAUACAACUGUUGAACGCUCUAACUCUAGGUGAUUUCAAAACUUUCGAUAGUUUGAUCAGUGUACAAAUACCAAAAAUUCAAAUCUUAUCAGAGCAUGAGUCUUUCCUAAGACAAAAAAUAUGUCUAAUGACCCUAAUAGAAAUCGUCUUCGAAAAAAAUAUUCGAAACUUAUCCUUCGAUGAUAUCGCAACUUCAACCCAUCUAUCAAAGGAUAAUGUAGAACAUUUAGUCAUGAAAGCAAUUAGUUUGGGUUUGUUAAAAGGUUCCAUAGAUCAAGUAAAUGAAUUGGUUAGCAUCACUUGGGUCCAACCAAGAAUCAUCAACAGUGACCAAAUUUCAAAAAUGAAAGAUAGAUUGGUAGAAUGGGAUGAACAAGUAAGUAAAUUAGGUGAAAAAAUUGAAAACCAUGGUAGAUCAAUCUGGGUUUAA